CAGAGCCCCCCUGAUCCRUGCCCAUCYCUCUCGCAGUAUGCUCCGGCUCCAGAAGAGGCUGGCCUCCAGCGUCCUGCGCUGCGGGAAGAAGAAGGUGUGGCUGGAUCCCAAUGAGACCAACGAGAUCGCCAACGCCAACUCCCGGCAGCAGAUCMGGAAGCUGAUCAAGGAUGGGCUGAUCAUCCGCAAGCCCGUGACCGUGCACUCCCGCGCCCGCUGCAGGAAGAACACGCUGGCCCGGCGGAAGGGCCGGCACAUGGGCAUCGGCAAGAGGAAGGGCACAGCCAACGCUCGGAUGCCCGAGAAGGUCACCUGGAUGCGGCGGAUGCGGAUCCUGCGGCGGCUGCUGCGCCGCUACCGCGAGUCCAAGAAGAUUGACCGCCACAUGUACCACAGCCUCUACCUGAAGGUCAAGGGCAACGUGUUCAAGAACAAGCGGAUCCUCAUGGAGCACAUCCACAAAUUGAAGGCGGACAAAGCCCGCAAGAAGCUCCUGGCGUAAGUGGGGCUCCGGGCAGGGAGG